AUGUCCUCGAGGGACAAUGGCCAAAACGGCGGAGUUAAAGACACUGUCCAAACCCCCGAAUACGAAGCACCAGAUGGCACUCGAGAAGAAGGCAGUAAAUGUGAAGGCCUGGGCUCAAACCCAGUCUUCAGUCUAGCAGGGUCCGGCGCCGAAAACCCGAACAAUACCAACAAUGCGCCCUUUCUGGAUAAUGAGUACCAGGCAUACAACCCACAAUACGGACAACCCGAUGACUCGCCAACAUGGAGUUUGGCACAGCCAUUGCCUCAUAUCAUGAGACCCGGCAUGCGACACGGUGCAUUGCCCGAAGAUAGAAAAGAGGAUAAAGAAGCCAGGCAAAACGGAGAUCCGAAUGAAUCCCCAGAAGCCAAGAAACAGCGUUCCGCAGAGGCUCGCGUAAAGAGGGUCAAUGAUCCAAAAGAAGAUGGCUUUUUCAAUACAUGGUCGAAGAUUCGUCAUAAGUUUCGGGAGCCGUUGGCUGAAUGGCUCGGUACAACCGUCGCAAUGACCAUCGGCCUCUGUGCCACGCUAUCAAAUUUCACUUCGUCAGGGCAGGCAGGUUCAUACCCUGCCCAGAGCGCCGCCUGGGGCUUCGGCUUCAUGGUCGCCAUCUAUACCACCGGUGGUAUCUCCGGAGGACAUUUGAACCCAGCCAUUUCAAUCUCACUCUCCGUGUGGCGAGGAUUCCCCGCACGACGAUGCAUAAUAUACAUAGCCGCACAGCUCCUCGGCGCUAUCACCGCCGGCGGAAUCGCAUAUGCAAUCUACCACGAUGCCAUCGUGGAAGUCGCGGCCGUAGCGAAGGUUCCUCAGAACGCCAGCGUCGCAGCGCAGGCACUAAUAACCAAGCCCAAACCAUUCGUGAAUCCAGCAACAGCGUUCUUCACCGAGUUCCUCGGUAGCGCGAUUCUCUUCGGUGCGAUCCUCGCUCUGGGGGAUGACUCGAAUGCGCCUCCGGGAGCGGGCAUGCAGGCGUUUAUUCUUGGGAUUCUGAUUUCGGUGAUUAUCCUUGCUUUGGGAUAUAAUACUGGAGGUUGCUUUAAUUGCGCACGCGAUUUCGGCCCUCGACUCGUUGCUGUAAUGGCCGGCUGGGGCGGACAUCUCUUCCGCGAAUCCCAUGCCUGGUGGGUCUGGGGUCCGUGGAUGGCAGAUAUCAGUGGCGCGCUGUUUGGCGCUUUUAUCUACGAUAUGGCUAUUUUCACUGGUGGCGAGAGUCCGGUGAAUUAUCCUCCCCGGAGACGGAAGCGAGCAUACCGUGUGAGGAUGUUGAAUUUGAGGAAGAAGCUCCGCUUGGGGAAGCAUAAGAUUGGAGAUAUUGAGAGGGCUGUUGCGGAGACUGAGGAAUAA